UCAUCCUCCUGCAGACCGGGCGGCUUUUUGGAUAUCCCAGGUUAGAGGGGGCGGCGGCGGCGGCCGCAAACUUUACACGUAGACUAGAAUAAAGUCGUCAAUUUAACAGCUCGCGACAAUCCUGAUAAAUGCAUUUAAUUCGAGCAAUUUGCACUAAAACCGACAGAAAGCUGGUUUUCUUUCUUUAGUCUUCUCUCGCACGAAUAUAGAUUCCAGAUAUGUUUUAGACAAGCCGUCGGUUGGGACGAGGGCGGAUUUUACCUGUCGGCUCCCCACGGUGGGGAAAAACCGGCCCGUUCUGUCCACGUUUGACACCAACGGAGGAGGCUCGACGGUGGAAGAUAAAACCGAGAAAAGCUCUCCAGAAGGGAACGAGCUGUCUUCUGGAGGACGAACAUUGCACGACAUGGAAAAAACUGGCCUGGGGGACCAAAAAGACACCAGUUCCGCUGGGGUCCUGAAGAGGGCCAGUCCCACUCACUGCUCGGGCACAAACAGACAGGUGACUCUCAUGCACUUGGAUAUCAGGAAUCCAGGGAAACCAGCAGAGCUGGUCAGCAGCUUUACGGCAGCACAAAGGCAGAGCAUCCCUUCUACCGAGAGACAACUCUUCCCAUCCUCUCACAUCCCGGUUCCCAGAAACAGGAAGCCCUCAGGUCACGCUGAUAAGGAGGUGAUGGCUGCCGCUGUCCUGACCUCACUCUCCACUUCCCCUGUUGUGCUCCACCCUUCCUCUGCUCCGACAGUCCCAGAGCCUGCCAACAGGGGAUGGAAAGAGGUGCUAUCUGCUAGCUACAGCAGCUCAACCAGUGGCAACUGGAGCUGGGAUGCCAGCGACCAAUCAGUGCCAUCCACACCGUCCCCACCGCUCUCCAACGACGCCACCAAGAACUUCCCGCUGUCGUCCCAGGGCGAUGAUGUCAGUGAAGAUGUCGCAGAGACCACACACUUCAUGUUUGAGGACCCAAUACCUCGAAAAAGAAAGAACUCCAUGAAGGUGAUGUUCAAGUGCUUGUGGAAGAACUGUGAAAAAGUCCUCAGCACCUCCUCAGGGAUCCAGCGACACAUCCGUACCGUCCACCUGGGACGUAACAGUGACUCGGACUACAGCGACGGAGAGGAGGAUUUUUACUACUCAGAGAUCGAGGUCAACAUGGACAGCCUAUCAGAGGGCCUGUCCAGCCUCACGCCGACCUCCCCCACCACGGCAGGCCCUCCAUCCAUCUUCCCUCCGCCACUCACCGAUGUCUCUUGUUUGGAACACGUCCAUACGAACAGUUUGCAGAGCCACACCCCGACGCUGCUCAGUCAGUCUGCUCCCUCCACGCUCUGCCACAUCCACACUGACCACGCCUACCAGGCCACAGCUCCAGUGAGUAUCCCAGUGGGCCCUGAGCUGGCUGGACACAGUAGUAAUGGGACUGGGACUGGCACUGUGAAUGCCCUCAGUGUGUCGUGGCAGUCCCCUCCUGUCAUUUUCAAAGGCAUCAUGGGACCUUUGCCUCACAUCAGGACAGUGAGCAUUGGUGAAAAAAGGCAACCAGCAGCCAGCACACAUACCACUGUCAAUAAGAACCAUCCUGUAAUAACACCAACGGCAAAACCGACCCCAGGAACCAGGAAACCCCGCGGGGAGGCGAAGAAGUGCCGAAAGGUGUACGGCAUGGAGAAGAGAGACAUGUGGUGCACAGCCUGUCGCUGGAAAAAAGCCUGUCAGAGGUUCAUCGACUAGUCGCUCUUCCUGUCCCGUGUUGGUGAGAUGAACUCGUUCCUCGUUCUGAUUGGGAGUGAGGCAGACUCGUCUACCGAGGAGAUGAGGGGAGAUGCUCGGUGCUGCGGGGGAGGGGCGGGC